AUGCAACCUUCUAUCUCUACACCUGUAGCUUUACCUGUACCCGCUAUAGAUGCACCACCCUUUAUUGAUACCUCUUUGAAGGAGACAAGCAUGCGCCAAGCGGAAAACCCAGAAGACAAUGGCGAUCAGCAGCAGCACCAUGAAUCGCAAGACGAUGUAGUCUCAAUAGCGGCCAUGAUUCUUCAGGACCAGGAGCCAUUCGAGACAUUCCAGCACAAAGUCGUCGAACUAGCCGCAAAGCAAUUCCCUCGUAGCCCGAAGGAUAUAGCAAUUUAUCAAAUGAAGGGUGGCUCUUACAAUCGAGUCGUUGGCGUUAUCAUCUCAUCGAAGCCGAAGAAGUCUGGCUUACACUGGUUCCUGCGCCGCUGCCUAGGCGCGCGGGGGAAGAAAGCGACCCCAAAGCUCGAACCUUAUAUUGUGCGCAUCCCGCGCACAAGGUAUGAGGAUGAAGAUCCCGCAGCUACCAUGGCCAGACACAUGGAGCGCAAAGUGGCAAUCUUGAAGACGGUCGGCUCACGGCUACCUUCGCCGGUUCCCAAAGUCUUCAGCUAUGAUCUUACCACUACGAACGUGUUCGAACGGCCGUAUAUGAUUCAGACGCGCCUCCCUGGUCGAAACCUUUGGCUGGAGUUGUGGAGUCAACUCAAUGAGCAGCAAAAGAAGUACGUUGCCAAACACAUUACCGAUCUUGCUCCUGUCAUCGCUUCAGUCGAAGGUCUGGCUGGCAAUAUAUCGUCUGGAAACCUGUCGCGACCAUCCACUUCCUCAAUCUACGUCGACGCAUUCUAUACACAAGCCUACGACGAUCAACAAACAUGCAAGCCGACAUUGACCCGUAAGCCCAUCGAUCACCUUCUGGAGCGAUGCGAGCAGUGGCGCGCAUGCGAGAGGUCUACCGGGUUUUGCUUCGAAGAAAUCUGGGACGGCUUUGGAGCAAUCUCAAAAGCUCUAGAAAUUCGCGACUUCUUGUAUGGGUCGUGCGUACUUGUUCACGGCGAUUUGAAGCCCUACAACCUUCUUGCGGAGGUACGUAAUGAGACCGAAGUUGAUAUCACGGGUGUUAUCGACUGGGACUCGGCGAUCAUUGCGCCUGAAUUCAUGGCUUAUAGAGCACCAUUCUGGCUCUGGACGCCCGAGGACAUGGAUAGCGAAAAGGCGGAUGAAGAGACUAUGGCAAGCUUUGAGCCCAUUUCGGAAGAGGGCCAGGGACUGAAGCAAGUGUUCCUCGAGAAUGCGUCGGAGAAGUACAAGCUCUACGCGUUCGCACCAGAGGCGAUGCUUGCCAGACGCAUGUUUCACAUAUUGCAGGAGAGCUUGCGUAGUGCUUGGGAGUUUGAAGAGGCGAAAAACGUGAUUCGAAAGUGGAAUGAACUUCACCCUGAGGAUGGUGUUCAGUACCCUGAUUCUGAUACGGACUCUAUAUCUGACGCACAUCAGGAUGAUUCUAAGUGA